AAAUUAGAUAAAUUACACCUUAAUAUGUUUAGAAAAAAAGAGUAUCAAUCUAGUAAUAGUUUUUAAAUUUUGAAACAAGAUAAAUGAAUUAAAAAACCCUAAUGUAUUUUUGAAAACAAGAUAGUAUUAUUUCUCUAUUUUUGUGCCCAUUUUCCCCACUCCUCCCACCCCUCACUUCUCAAAGGCCUAAAUCUGAAAACAAUUAAAAAAACCCUAAAUCGGCCGACUCUCAUUCUCUCAAUAAGUUCUCUUCCUUCACUUGUAGUGUUUCGUAAUUUAAAUGAACAUAUUUGCAAUUCUAGUUUUGUUCAAGCAUGAAUUUUUAUGAUUCUAGAAAGAUCUGACUUCAAAAGCCCCAAAAUACCUACAUUUAAUAUGUUCUGAAUUUUACGGUAUCUGAUUUCCUGUCCGUGGUUGCGUAAAGUGAUUUGUUUUGUUACAGUUGUGUUUCUUUGUAUAGUUUUUGUAGGGUUUACGAUCAUUUCCGAGGGCUUUGCGUUAUUUGAUCAUCGUGGUAUGUAGAUGUGGUGAAAUCUGAAUUUGGCUUAGAAUGCCAGUUUAUUGAAUUUUGUACGGUCAAAAUCAGAUUUUGCGCGGGUUUGUUGUAUUUUAUUUUGGAAAUAAGAUGGAUGGAAAUGGGAAUAUGAAUUUAAGGAGUUGGGCGUUUCUCGAGCCCCCAGCAAGUAAUUGGAAGAACCAUCUUGGCCUUCAGUUAAUACCUUCCAUAACUGAGAAGCCCCUUUUCGGUGGGAACUGUGGCGAUGGUUUUCGUGAGCACCAAAACUUGCACCCAUCCCCUGUCAUGUCAUCUAUCAAUGGUGGGCCGUUUCAUCACCAUCGUGUUGGUGGUAUUUCAGAAUCCCACAUCCCCGUUGAAUAUUGGAUGAAUCAGAACAAGGAGUAUCUGAAUAUGUAUUCUGGAAACCACCAAUCUGCUUAUUAUCAAUCGAGUUAUGGGGUUUCACCUGAGACAUCAUCUGCUCAAUCUCUCCAAAUGCCUCAGCAGCUCAAUUUACAGAAGACUGAAAAUGUGAUGUCCAAGAUGGAAGAGGUGUGCGAGGAAAAAGAUGAUGGUGGUGGUAGUAGCGGCAGUGCAAUGGUAGUAAAGAAGAGAGGUGGUAGUAAGGUCACAUGUUCUACACCGAUAGAGAAGAAACCAAGGACCAGAACUCCUCGAGCACCAAGGGAUGAGCAUGAGCAUGAGCCUACUCCUUCAUCCAACCGUGCUAGGAGACCAAAGAAGCGGGCCGAAAUUGUUAUCAAUGGAAUUAAUAUGGAUGCAUCAGAAAUCCCUAUUCCAGUCUGCUCCUGCACUGGAGCGCCUCAGCAGUGUUAUAGAUGGGGAUCUGGUGGUUGGCAAUCUGCUUGCUGUACAACUCACAUGUCUGAGUAUCCAUUGCCUCCGAGUGAAAAGAGACGUGGUGCAAGGAUAGCCGGGAGGAAGAUGAGCAUUGGAGCUUUCAAAAAGGUACUGGAGAAACUUGCAUCAGAAGGAUAUAACUUCUCUAACCCAAUUGAUCUGAGGAGUCACUGGGCUAAACAUGGUACGAAUAAAUUUGUGACAAUCAGAUGAAGUUUGUGAUGAAGAUGCUCCGGUUGGCUUCUAAGUGCAUUCCGCACUCGCUUUCUGCUGUAUAUAAUAUGAAUAGCCUGGUUAGAAGCAGAAGCUUUUGGGUGGUUAAUAACUUUUCAGCUUCCAGAAUUGAGUUACAUUUUUCGUAAUUUUGCCUCCUGGUGAAUACAGAUAAGAUUAUAGUCAACUGUUUGCGUUUUUGUAGCUCAACGAAAACAGUGAUCUUGUCUAGCAACAAGGUAUGGGAUUGAUUUGUUGAGAUUUAAUUUAUUCAGUUUUGUUUCCUUA